GUGCAUGGCAGAUGAAAGUGGAAGUGGUUGAUCAAUAGAGUCCAGUGUCCACAUUAGAGUGGGUGAGGCAGUCAACACACUGCUGUGGAAGCCAUCAGUCGCACUUAGGAUCCUUACAAGGUGGAGGAGUUUCUUGAGAUGGAGGCCUCAAACGAGAAUAAUAUGUCAGAUCUGGAGAAUGGCAUGGUCACGAUUAUCCAAGUUUUCCACAAAUACUCAGGUCACAAGUGCAAGCUGAGGAAAGCUGAGCUUAAAGCGCUAAUCAACAAUGAGAUGAACCAUUUCAUAAUGAAAAUCCAUGAGAACGAAAUUCUAGAUGAGCUCUUUGCGGACCUCGACCAGAACGGAGACCUGGAGAUUGACUUCAAGGAGUUCAUCGCCCUCAUCUCCAUGGUCACCUCAGCAUGUCAUGAACUCUACUAAUUACUCAGCAUGUAUAAACAUUCAUUCAUUCAUUCAUUCUUUAUUCAUACCACUUAUCUGUUAAGGGUUGCGGGGGGGCUGGAGCCUAUCCCAGCUGACACUGGGUGAGAGGCGGGGUACACCUUGUACAGAUCACCAGUCCAUCGUAGGAUGUAUAAAAAUAUACAUUAAAAAAAUGAGGAACACAGGAACAGAGUGUCUGAAUUUUUUUUGUCUGAAUGAUGGCAGAUUGUUGUUAACGUCUUUUCUUUUUAAAAGAUUUGUUGCAUAAAGGAAAAUGUCCGACAAUGACAGCACAUGAAGAACUAUACAUUUGCUGUAACAAGAACAUGGUGAGACUGAUGAGAAGCAUUUCUGAGCAAACAGUUCCACUCUGACCUGCGGCACCUUUUGCCAAGAAAAUUAACAGGAGCAACAUUUUAGUUCUGCUGUUUGUGUCCCAUCUAUAGUCAAGGAGUACAAUAGUUUUUUUUUUUUGACACUUAAAGUACAUGUGGAGUGAUCACAGCUGUGAGUAAGAUGGCUUUCCUUCUGGUGUGGUAUGGCAGGUGCUAGCUAACAGUGACCAAACA